UCCGGCAGUCGUCACUCGCGAUGAAGUUAUCAGUCGCUUCAAACAAACACACCGGGAGCCACGAGCUUCGAAGCCAGCUCCAGGUCGCGUAACUCCUACCGCAGAAUCAUCGUCCAUGUCGCAAAAGUCCACAGAUUCGGGAUACUCAUCUCCAGAUGAGCCUAACGCCUCCCAAGACAGCAAACCACCUAGGCCUAAAGGAAUCAUAGUCAAGUUGGGGGGCCAGAAUCUCCUCAGGUUCAAAGGCACACCAAGCAAGGCAAUGAAUGAUCGACUCAACCACGUUAUCGAUAAGAUAGAGCCAUUGCUACUCUCCCGCUUGAAGAAAACCGGAGGUCGAGUUGGACCGAUGUCAUUUCGAACAAUGAUACUCGGGACGAAUGAAGAAGACGCUGGCGAGUACAUUGUCGUGCUUUGUCCCAAAAAGUUGUUGGAUACUGUCAAUGAUUUCUUCGAUAAGACCAAGAUAAUCAAAGAGAUGUGCGGACCAACCGAACAGACGCCGAGACUCAGCAUCAUCGUUGAGGGUCGAGAACCACGUUUAACCGCAAAGCUAUCGCGUUCAAACAUGUCAAUAGACCAACGUCCCAUCAAUGUUUGCUUCGCGACCGGAUAUGAGAGGCCGAAACUUCCCGGAUGUUCUCUGAUGCUCCAAGAUGUCGAGAAAGUCGGCAAGACCGCAACCUUCAGCGGCAUGAUAAGGGUGGUGGCUAUGGAUGGUUGAAGCGAACUGUACGGAAUGACGGCGAGCCAUGUUUUCGAUGACGAGAUUACGACAAGCUGCAUCCACUCCAUCGAAUACUACAGCAGCGGAAGCUUAGUCCCAGCCUUACGGGAACGAAACUCUGAUUCUGAAGUGUGGGGAGAAUUCCGCACAUGGCAGGUCUUGAAAAAAGGAUAAGUCCGAAGAGAAAGGUCCGGAUUUCGAUUGGGCUCUAGUCAAAUCUGACGAGCUUCUUCUCUUCGGCUCAAAUAUGGGCCCAAAAAACGACACAUCGGGAUUCAUCAACUAUCCCCUCACGACCAAACUUGGAUCGUUUUCAGGGGAUGAGCC